AAAAGGCUCUCUCAAAGUCAAAAGCGUAAAACAGGGGACCUGUCAGGUAGCGAUUUUGAAAACCAAAGCGUGAGAGAGGGAGAUAUACAGAGACAGAGAUAACCCAUCCUCGUUGGAGACGAGAAGAUAAAGUUUUGAAGGAACCAAAGGAGAGCAAUCACGACAAACAAGUGCCCAAGGCUCCCGCCACUGCGGGGUGUAAUGGUUACUCUCAACAAAGAUUAAAAUCUCUCAGGUUUAAGUUUCAAAAAAGCAUCAAUUGCGUAAGGAACACAUUCUUUUUCAGAACUCUCAUAAUUAAAUUGCGCUUGCUUUUAUGGGAUGCUAUAGCUCGAAAUCCUCUAAAAAAACACCUGGGUGUGAAGAUCCUAUGGUUCUUUCUGGUGAAACACUUUUAGCUUUAUGCUGUAUCCAGUUGAUAUGAGGGUUUAAGCAUCUACAAUUUUGAACUUUCUUCUGCAUGGAGGAAUACUUAUCUCAGUCCAUAGUUACUGUGAGUGAAGUGGAGGCUUUAUAUGAGCUAUUCAAGAAAAUUAGUGGUUCAAUAAUCAUUGAUGGGCUUAUCCACAAGGAAGAAUUCCAGCUUGCUCUCUUUAGAAACAGUACCAAGCAGAAUCUAUUCGCAGACAGGAUAUUCGAUUUGUUUGAUGUCAAGCGCAAUGGGGUUAUUGAGUUUGGAGAAUUUGUUCGGUCGUUAGGUGUAUUCCACCCAAAUGCUCCUGAGGCAGACAAAAUAGCUUUCGCAUUCAGAUUGUACGAUCUAAGGUGCACUGGCUACAUUGAGCAUGAGGAGCUUAAAGAGAUGGUGUUAGCUCUUUUAAAUGAGUCCAAUCUGACUCUUUCAGUUGAUGUCGUUGAAACAAUUGUAGAUAAGACAUUCAGUGACGCUGAUUCAAAAGGUGAUGGGAGGAUUGAUUCAGAAGAGUGGAAGGAAUUUGUAGCACGGAAUCCGGCUUUAUUAAAGAAUAUGACUCUUCCAUACUUAAAGGAUAUAACUCUAGCAUUUCCCAGCUUCGUGGUGUACUCCAAAGCAGAAGAUUCUGAAAUUGUAACCGAAACAUGCAAGAUGGCUUCAAUCGCUUUGUGAGAUGGAGGUUCCCUUGAGCAUCAUAAUGGAAGAAAUUAUUACUCUUUAUGGUUCCAUCUCCGAUUGGGCUCCUGUGGACUUGCAGCGGAUGGAAACAAGAGAGCUUUUGAAAGAAACCAUCAAUGAAAGACAGCAAAGCAAGGUUGUCCAACUGGGUGUUUCACCACCACCACCACCUCCUUCUAUACAGUGUUAUCACCAGCUCUUGACACAGGAGGUUCUACAAGAUGAUGCCGGAACAAAUCAAAAGCUUUAGAUUUGCCGUUUUGUUCUAGAAUCAUUUAUUUUCCUUACUUUAAUUCCAGGUCCGUGUUUUUUUAUUCUCAGAGACGACACCGAAACCGACUGGUUCUGGAAGUUGUGAUUUGUGAAAGCUCAAUGUUAGAGAUGGAUCAUCCAUUGAAAAGGAUUAAGACUGAUGGCCAUCUUUCCAAGUCUUCUGAGACUUCUUUUUUUUAUUUUUUGGGUGGGGAAGGGGGGAUUUGGAGGAACAAAUGCAUGCUCUGUGUUUUUCCCAUUUUCAGAAACUUGGGCAAUAAAUGGGUCAUCCAUUGAAAAGGAUUAA